AUGGCGACUGAGGUUCUGGAUGUGAGGAUUUUCGCCAUGUUCGCGGCGUUCUACAUGGCCAACUACUUUGGCAGGGGCUUCUUCAAGGUGUUGGAUUUCUUUGUGAGUGAGCCCACGGUUCCGGAGCCAGUCAAGCCGUUGGGGCCCGAAAAGGUAGAGGAGCCCGGGAAGUUCAAGGAGUCUGGAAAGAAAGAGAGGCUUGAAACAAUAGAGGAGCUCGACGAGGAGGAGGAGUCUGACGAGGUAGAGAAGCCUCCUGCGCCGGCUUCAAAUCAACCUCAGCAAGGCGGUUGCGGAAACAGGGGGAAGAAAGCGAGGAACAAGAAGAACAAGAGAAAGGGGAAACGCUGA